AUGAACGAUCAAAUUAUUGGAACUUCUACGACAAAUGAAGAAGAGCAAAAUGUUCUUCCAACUACAAAAGAACCACAACAACAACAACAACAACAACAACAACAGCAGCAGCAGCAACAGCAACAGCAACAACAGCAGGAGCAACAGCAACAGCAAAUAAAUGUUGUUGAUGAUGCGACACUUCAAGCUGUACUUAGUUCAAUGAGUGAAACAGAAAUGAAUGCUUUUCUGGAAGAAUUAAAUAAGACAGGAAAAGCAUUUUUACCUGCUAUUGGUCAAACAAUUGAAUUAUUAACUGUUAAUGCACCUGCAGAAUUACCAACAACGACAACACAACCAUCAGCUGAAAUACUUCUUCAAGAAUUAACAACACUUAUUCAACAACCUGCUGAUAUUGUACCUUUGAAUAUUGAACAGAAAAUGACAGGACCAACAUCACGUACAGGUAAUACAGCUGUUAAAUCGACAAUAACAUCAAAUAAUAAUGCAACUAUUCGUAAACCCAUUCAACAACAACAACAACAACAACAAAUAAAUAAUGAUGAACGGAUGUUUUUUGGACGACCAACUACUAUUGGACAAGGACAAUAUCAUAAUCGAACUGGAUUAAUGUCUGGAAAUAGACAACAAUUACAACAACAACAACAACAGCAGCAGCAGCAACAACAACAGCAACAGCAACAACAAACAAUAGCCUCUCAACAACGUAGACCAAUAUCUUGGUUUCAGAAUCGUUCUCGACGUCAUUCAUCUGAUGAUGAUGAUGAUUCUGAUCGUGAUUCAUCUCCACCAAUGAGUGGUAAUGAUAGUUUAGGACCAACACGUCGUUCAACACGUGUUCCAAAACCAAAACAAGAUGCAGAUUUUGUUACAUUUCCAUUAUUGGAUCGUGAUGAAAAUGGAAAUCCAAUUCCACCAACACCAUCGUCAAUGCCAUUAAAUAAAGGUGAAGACGAUGAAGAUGAUAUACCAUAUCGUUUAAUGGAUUAUCCACGGCCACGUCCACAACAACAACAACAAAAUCAACAAUCUCAAAUAGGUUCAAGUGGUCCUGGACGAAAACCACGUUCAACAGCAGAAAUUCGUAGUACAACUAAUAUCAAUAAAAAACAAGCACGAUGGCCUGAUGAUGAAUUAUAUCAUGUAAAAUCGUUUGUACCACUUAUUAUGCCACAACAAAUAAUAAAUCCAUCAACAAUGAAAAAUAAAAUGACUCUUUGUAAACCAUUAGUAUCUGAACGUGAAGUUGAAGCUAAACCAACUAGAUUUACUAUUGCUACACAAACAGAAAUGGAACAUAUGAUUCCUGAUGUACCUAUAGUCACUUUACCUGUACCAAUUUAUCUUCCCUCACCAACACCAAGUUAUCAAUUAUUUAAACCAAAAGCUGUACCAAUACCUGUACCAUUUUUUGUUCCAAUUAUGAUACCAGUACAACGAAAAACUUAUAAAAAUAUACGUGAUUAUCUUCAAACACAACGUGAUCUUUUACCUGAUGAUCCAUUUGAAGCAGCACUUGUUAUGCAUGCUGAAAGUCUUGUUCGUGCAGAAAAUCAACCACAACAAACAGCAACAAAUGGAAAUGAUUCAGUAAUGAUGAUGGAUUUAACACGAGAUGAUUCUUAUAUAACAACAUCACAAACAAUUGAAAAUCUCCCAGAACUCGAUCUUGAAGCACAUUAUAUUGAUCCAAUUACAUCAAAUGAUCCCGAAGUUCAAAAACUUCUUCGAAUGUUACCUGAUGCUGGUUAUCGUCUUAAAUGGACUUACGGUGUUGAAGCAUUUCAACAAUGGUGUGCACAACGUAAUCGACCUAUUUUAACAGCUACAUCUGAAGAAGCAGAAAUAGCAAAACAAUAUUUAGUUAAAUCUGAUUUACUUUCAUAUGGAAAUGGUGAUGAAUUACAACAAAUUAUGGAUUUAUUCAUACGUGAAGUUCGUCGUCCAACAGGCGAAGAAUAUUUACCUGAAAGUAUUUACUAUCUUUGUCUAGGUAUUCAGUUUUAUUUAAAUAUCAACAAUCGUGCAAUUGAUCUAUUCGAUCCUCGUUAUAUAGAAUUUAAUUCUAGUUUAAAUACAAUUCUUCAAAAUUAUACACCACGUCUUUUAACUGAUUCAAAUACAUAUGUAUCAUUAAUUGAUGAAGAUUUAUUAUAUGAUGUUCAUCAAUUAGGUACAUUAACACCAUGGUCUUUAUUAACAACAUUACUCUAUACAAAUUCUAAAUAUUUUAACUUAAAAACUGUUGAAGGACAUAUAGCUAUUUCAUUUGCAAAUUUUGGUAAAUAUUCUCAAUGGGGACGUUUAUCAAAUAAUGCACCACAAGGACAACAAAUGAAUUAUUUACGAUUCUAUGCACAUAAUUCGGAUCUGAAAUCAUUAGUAAAUUCACCAAUAGUUUAUGAACUAACUGAACAAGUUAAUGAUCCAGUUCGAUGUCCAAUAAAACAAUAUGAUUAUUAUAUAUCAAAAACUCCUGAAGAAAUUCGUGGUACAGCUGAUGUAUUUUAUUUACGUCCUAUAUCAGAACAAUUUCAAGAAAAUUCAAUAUGGUAUUCUAAUGAAUCAUUAUCACCAUCAACUAUUAAUCAAAUUUUAAAUAGACUUAAACUUAUACCAGAUUUUUAUAAUGAAACAAAACCUGUUGAAACAGGUUCAACACCAUUAAAUGGAAAUAAUUCAAUUUCAUCAUCAUCAUUAGCAUCAGCAACAACAACAACAACAUCAACAACAAAUAAUUAA